AGUGUGGGAGGCUGCUCCGUUAUCAAGUGCCCAGUAAAUAAAAAGGCUCCGUGCUGCCGCUGUUGGAUCCACUGCAGAGAACACAGCUUCAGAAUGCCCCUGGUGGAGGCACUCCUCUUCCUAAGUGUGGUCCUGCUGCUGCUCCUUUUCACCCGAAACGCCCAGGACAGGUGGAAUACAGCCAGGUUUCCCAAGAGCUUGCCAUCGUGGCCACUGAUUGGAAGCUUGCUGAGUUUGAGGAGUGAUGUCCCACUUCAUCUGCAGUUUCUGAAACUCCAGAAAUUGUACGGGAGCAUCUUCUCCUUGAGGAUGGGAUCUCAGUAUAUGGUGGUGAUCAACAACUACCAAUAUGCCAAGGAAGUGUUGCUGAAAAAGAGCAAAGUCUUUGCGGGGAGACCAGACAUGCUGACUAGCAAUCUGCUCUCCAGAGAUGGGAAAGAUAUUGCAUUUGGAAACUAUAGCUCCAGCUGGAAGUUUCACAGGAAGCUUGUUCAUUCAGCUAUCUACCUGAAUGGUGAUAGCACUACGUCUUUAGAGAAAAUAAUUUGCCAAGAAGUUCAAUCGGCAUGCAGUAUGUUUGAACACUUCGUUGACUCCCCAGUGGACAUAAUGCCUGAGGUGACCCGAAUGGUCACAAAUGUCAUCUGCUUGUUGUGCUUCAACUGCAAUUAUGAGAGAGGAGACCCGGAGUUUCAGAAGAUGCUGCAGUACAGCCAAGGCAUUGUGGAUAAUGUCGGAAGGGGUGCUUUAGUAGACAUCUUCCCCUGGAUGCAGCUAUUUCCCAAUGAAGGUCUCAAACUUCUGAAAAAAAGCAUUGCAGUCCGAGACAGUAUCCUUCAGAAGAAAUAUGAAGACCACAAGGCGAAUUAUAACAGUCACUCUAUAAAUGAUUUGCUGGACAUUUUGCUGAAAGCCAAGCACAAUGCAGAGAAUAAUAACAAUUCCAAGUAUGAGGAGAGACUGACAGAUGACCAUUUACAAAUGACAGUGGCGGAUAUUUUUGGAGCAGGGGUGGAGACCACAGCUACAACCCUCGCAUGGACAAUUAUUUACCUGCUUCACUAUCCUGAGGUACAGAAAAAAAUACAUGAGGAAAUUGAUAGCCAAAUUGGAUUAAACAGGACUCCACAACUGAGUGAUAGAAGCAACUUGCACUUUCUCAGUGCAACUAUCAGUGAAAUUUUGCGGAUCCAGCCUGUUUCCCCUCUGCUAAUUCCACAUGUGGCUAUGGCAGAUUCCAGUAUUGAUGAGUACACAGUCCCCAAAGGUACCCAUGUUAUUGUUAACCUCUGGGCAAUUCAUCACGAUAAAGAUGAAUGGCGAAAUCCAGAUAACUUCGAUCCAGGCCGAUUCCUGGAUGAAAAUGGGAAACACAUUUAUUCACCUUCCCUGAGUUACAUGCCGUUUGGUGCCGGGGUCAGGGCUUGUCUUGGAGAGAUGUUGGCCAGGAUGGAGAUCUUCCUCUUCUUGUCUUGGUUUCUUCAGCGAUUCAGGGUCAGCGUUCCUCCAGGUCACCCCCUGCCAGAUUUGGGAGGAAACGCUGGGAUUAUCCUUCAAGCAGAAAAGUUCAAAGUCCAGCUCCAGCUCUGGAACGCCUGGGAAAAUAGGGAGUAACCCGACUGAAGGACAAAUUGUUGCUCCAGCUGCAAGCACUCUUCAUGACGCAGCUCACUGUGAUAGGGCAUUGCAAUGAAUUGGAAACCUGAGCACCCCGAGGGACCACGCCUGAGCAGCCCCAAGGGAUUACUCCUGAGCAGCCCCAAGGGAUCACUCCUGAGCAGCCCGAGGAAUCACUCCUGAGCAACCUCAAUGUAUUACUCCUGAGCAGCCCCAAUGUAUUACUCCUGAGCAGCCCCAAGGGAUUACUCCUGAGCAGCCCCAAGGGAUCACUCCUGAGCAGCCCGAGGAAUCACUCCUGAGCAACCUCAAUGUAUUACUCCUGAGCAGCCUCAAUGUAUUACUCCUGAGCAGCCCCAAUGUAUUACUCCUGAGCAGCCCCAAUGUAUUACUCCUGAGCAGCCCCUAGGGAUUACUCCUGAGCAUCUCCAAGGGAUUACUCCUGAGCAGCCCCAAGGGAUCACUCCUGAGCAGCCUCAAUGUAUUACUCCUGAGCAGCCCCAAUGUAUUACUCCUGAGCAGCCCCAAGGGAUUAGUCCUGAGCAGCCCCAAGGGAUUACUCCUGAGCAGCCCAAGAGAUUACUCCUGAGCACCUCAAGGGAUUACUCCUGAGCACCCCAAGGGAUUACUCCUGAACAGCCCAAAGGGAUUACUCCUGAGCACCUCAAGGGAUUACUCCUGAGCACCCACAAUGUAUUACUCCUGACCAGCCCCAAAGGAUUACUCCUGAGCAGGCCCAAGGGAGUACUCCUGAGCAGCCCGAGGGGAUUACUCCUGAGCACCUCAAGGGAUUACUCCUGAGCAGCCCGAAGGGAUUACUCCUGAGCACCUCAAGGGAUUACUCCUGAGCAGCCCGAAGGGAUUACUCCUGAGCAGCCACAAUGUAUUACUCCUGAGCAGCCUGAGGGAUCACUCCUGAGCAGCCCCAAGGAGUAACUCCUGAGCACCUCAAGGGAUUACUCCUGAGCAGCCUGAGGGAUCACUCCUAAGCAACCCCAAGGGAUUACUCCUGAGCAACCCCAAGGGAUUACUCUUGAGAACCCCGAUGUAUUACUCCGG